CUGAUGCAACAAGCAAUCGUACCUUACCUUCAUAAAUCUAUACAUCCCACCCCCACAGUAAAGAGACAGGGAAUUUGCUAUAAGCUGUCAAUCACUUUCCUGUCUUUCUCCUCUCUCCCUAUUUACUGCUUCCAUGUCUGAUCCUUCUCUCUCUCCUCCGAUUCCUCAUGACUGUCCUGAUCACGAGUCUCUCCCUCAGCGUUCUAUCGUGGUAUUCCCCUUACUGAUACAUUGUAUAUUAUGGAAUGCCGACUCUCCAAGCUCAGUGUGCACGGACGAUGUACUGAUCUCCACUGAUUUGUUAAUCUAAUGCCGUCUGCCAUCUGUGUCAUGACUUUUUAUAGCACGCAGCUAAGAGUCACGUCACACACACUCGGUACAUUUACUGUCAUUUAAAGGCCCAACGCAGUUUGCCAGCAGGAGAAAGGGAGGUGACCGAACAAGGCGGACACCCCAAAACCGUCUGGAAGAGCGGAGAGACAUGCCUCUGAUCUCGGGACCACCCCCUAAACCUGGAGACCUUAUUGAGUUUAUCCGUCCUUUUUAUCAACAUUGGGGAAUCUAUGUGGGAGAUGGAUAUGUUGUACAUCUAACAGAUCAGGAGGGUUGGUCUAGUUUAUCUUCUGCUCUCGGGGGCUCCGCUGUUGUAAGAAAGGACCUCCUAGAAAGUGUUGCCAAUGGAUGUGGAUACAGGGUGAAUAACAAGUACGACCAGAAGACGAUUCCAUAUCCUCCACAAGACGUGGUAAAAGCAGCCCUGGAUUUGGUUGGCCAGACAAUGCCUUACAGUGUUACAAGUGCCAACUGCGAACAUUUUGCAACAGAACUGAGAUAUGGGAAAUGCUUUUCUGAUCAGGUGGCUAAUGUUGCAACAUAUGCUGCGGUUGGAGGUGUUGCUUUAGCCUCGGUAAUUACCAUGUUUGCCUUUCUGAGAAAUAAACGACAGAACCAAUAAAGACAAAACCAGCAUCCCUUAAUCUAUGCUACCCAGAUUUUACAGAACACUGGAACAGACAGAACACUAUUGGACUAUUUUAAAUUACACAUUUAUCAGAUGGAAGAUGAGAUGAAAUUAGCUCAACGUGUUCAGUAAUUUUAAUAGAAUGCUAUUUUACCAAGGUUGAGAACGAGAGCGAAUUUCUGCAAAGCAACAUAUUCCUAACAAUACCCAGAAGGUUAUUUACUAAUAUUGUCAGGAAUUUAAAGACACUAUAGGUACCCAGACCACUUCAGCUCAUUGAAGUGGUCUGGGUGCAGUGUCCCAGGUCCCUUAACCAUGCAAAGGCAAUUAUUGCAGUUUUUCUGAAACUGCAAUAACCAUAUUUGAGGGUUAACUCCAUCUCGAGUGGCUGUCUACCAAAGGGACUUCCGUGUCAUUUGCCUAACUGACGCUGGACAUCCUCACACGAUGCAUGAGGACGUCCAGGAUCACCCAAGUGCCCAUAGAAAAUUAUACAAGUUCUAAUGCGAGUGCGGCAAUCGUGCAUAAGCAUUAGGUCUCCCCCGCCGGCUGACAUUUAUAGAAGAGGAGCAGAGGCGGAGCCUGAAUCAGCACUGACAUUGGUGCUGAACUCAGGUAAGUAACAGGGUUUUGUUUUAACACAAUAGGAAGCUGUUUUCCUGGCACUAUAGUUUCCCUUUAAUUAAUUUAAUUUAAAUUUAAAAUAACACUAGAGGCUCCAUAACCACCUCUUCUCAUUGAAGUGCUUAUGGUUCCUGGAGUUUCCUGGUGUCAUUCCACCAGUCAAUAUUAAAGGAGAAAUGUGUUUCAUACUUAUCAUGAUGUGAUAGGACAGGAUCCUAAAAGAAAUUAAACAAUUAAAUCAUAUAAAAGCCUCUAAGGCAACUUUGUGUAGGCUUUAUUGUAAACAUUUAAAAAUACCCAAAGGUAAGGAAAAACUUCUGUUCUUCCUAUCUGAUCUAACUUUAAGCAGAGUCCCUGCUAUCCCCAGAGAGAGUCCUGAUUUUACUAGAUUCCCUUUCAUAACCCAUUCUGAUUCAUAGCUUGUGAAGAUGGAUGUACAGCUGGUCCUUGAUGGAGAAGAUCCCACAUUUCAGGAUAGAUCCAAGGUUACUGAAGGUUUCAUGCUGAUUAGCCAUGUAAACAAAGCUCUAUGAGGCCAAAAUUGAAGGAUGGCGAUCAUCUUGAGUUUGGAGUUCCAAAAUUUUCUCAAGGAUCGGUAAUUGAAAGGAAUUGGAGGGAAGAUGUUACCCAAACUGAAUGUUCACAUUUGUAUUGGUGCAUGUUGAGCUUCUGCUUGGAGUUUGUGGUUUCUUGAAAAGAAUCUUGGAACCUGAACAUUCCUGGAAGAAGCAAGCAGAUCUAUUUGAGGCAUUCUCCUGCAUCCAGGGUUGAUCUACUCAGGAAAUCCCCAAUACAUCAUCCUUCCCCAGAAAGUAGACUGCUCUGAGACACACAAAAUGUUGUUGAGACCAAAACAUGAUUGGUCUAAAUUCACUGAUGAGAUUUGCGAUCCUCGUCCCUCUGUGGUGAUUUAUAUAUGACGCAACAGUCUUGUUGUCCGUCUUGACCUUUCAGAUAUUAAGGUACACUAUGAAUAAUCCCAUGAAGCAGUUUAAUGUCUAACAUGAAACCUGACCCAUUUAGUCCUGCCAAGGUAGGCUGUAUACUGGAUCUUUCAGAGGGAGAGAGGCUGAACUAUCUCUGGCUAUUACCAGGUGAGGCCAAAAUAAAAAUGUUAAAUCUUCAAACUACCUGCCUGUCACCUGAGAAGAGGAAAAAAAAAACUGGAAAGGAAGGACUUUUAUAUGAUCUAAGUGUUUAAUUACUUUUAUAAUCAUGGAGGUGGCGUUAAACCCAUCAGUGAUCCUGUCAUGGUUAGCCAGGAAAACAUGUAGCAUUUUGGAUCUGCAUUCAAUGUUAAACCAUUUUCUUUUGAAGUGGUUAUGGUGCAUAGUGACCUUCUAAUAAUAAACUCAAACUACAGCUAGCAUUUACAAUCUUUCAAGCCAAUGUCUGCCUUAUAAUAAUAAUAAACAUA